AUGCAGUCUGUUUGGAGAAUCCCUAAUCUCUUCUCCGGUACGAAUCCGCUGGUGUCUACUCCUGGUGAACCCCCGCCGUCCCUUCCUCCAGACCCUCCUGACCCAUCCUCUCCCUUGACCACCGGAAACUUCCCCUCUUUAUCUGAAGCCCUUUCUAAAACUGCUUUUACUGGUUCCCGUAAAGAUAUCAGAAAGACUGCUCUUCACUCCUCAACUAUUGCUUCUGCUGUAGAGAAGAAGCAAGAAACAACUAACUGCUCCGACAUUAUCCCAAUGGAAAUGGAGCAACAAAACUUAACCCCACCUACUGGUUACAUCAAACAACUAUAG